AUGGCGUCCGUCACAUGUCUGGCUCUACAGCCCUCUUUAACCCUCUCUACAAAAUCACCUAUUAUCACCGAACUUGAGAGAUGUGAACCUAUAUCCCCAUCCGAGAUGGCCAAGGUCAAACGUAUCGACCCACCUUCACCCAGGCGCAGCUCACAGCCCUCCACCUCCACAACGCACUCUCGCUCAGCCUCGCGCAGCACCACCUCGCGCCCCAACAGUCGCCGUAGCUCCCUACACUCUACACGUCGGACAAUUCCCAACGGUGCCAUCGUGCCCGUCCCUUCAACCCGUAUCCCUCCACAAGAACGGCGCGAGUCUCUCAUCGCCCUGCACCGGGAAUCAUGCCGUCUCUUCCAAGAGACAGAGACGGAGACAAGCCGUCCAGCUCUCCAACGAGCGGCCUCUACAAGCGCUCGGCGAGAAAGCCGCUCCUCAACUGAGAAGGGAAGCUCCGCCCCAUCAUCCCCAAUCGUAUCAUCGCGCUCAAGCUUCCGCUUCGAGCCCGAGUCACCAACACAGCCUCCGCACUUCCUCUCGCAAAGAGAUCGCUCAAACACAAUGCCCACUAUCAGCCCUUCGUCCUCGUCCAUCCAUGUCCCGGCGACAGUCAUGGAGUGGACAUCGGAUGAUACCCGGCGGCGAGAGUAUGAGAAGAUCGACCGAGCGAGUAGUGGAGUGCGAGGAUUCUGGCGGCGUGUAGCGCCGCGCUGUUUCCAAACUCGGGAUGCUCGAGUUCCGUUUUUCGAAGAAGGCAAGCCCGAGCGUGAAGGGAGCGUCCGUCGAUUCAGAAUGGAUCUUCCUGACGAUGCGCCUUGUAAAGGACAUUCAAAUGUCUUGAGCCCGAGUGCUCGACGCCGUUGGACUUGUCUUCGAUCAAAGACGUCUCCACUUCCUAACGCCUGA